AGUGAAGAAAAAGCAAUUGGGAAGUAUUUUGACUCGGAAUUGGCAGCAGUAUAUAAUCUACGCUCUGCAGGAGACUCGGCUUCAAAGGGGUAAAACCUUGUUACGGCUGCGGCGUAAGGCGAACGGAAGGCCGCCGCCGGGACCUAGGGUUUAGUUUAGCCAUGGCGGCGGAGGACCAGGCUCCUCGUACUGAGCCCCGCCCUGACAAGGCUAAGAAGCGGAAGAAGCCCAAGAAGGACAAAUGGGGCCAGCCUCUCUCCGCCGCCUCGCCCGAGGUAGAGCCGUCCGUGGAGCCGGCGCAAGAGCCACCGGCGAAGGGCGUCGCGCCGGCGGCAGCGCCGGAGGGCUAUGAGCCCAGCAAGGUGGUGGCUAGCGGCUUGCCGUACACGACCACCGAGGCGGACAUCCGGAAGCUGUUCGAGUUCUACGGCCCCCUCGGGUCGGUGCAGCUCUCUCGCUUCCCGGACUCCGGCAACUUCCGCGGCCUCGCCUUCGUCUGCUUCGAGUCAGAUGAAGAUGCAGUGAAGUCUCUUGAGCUUGAUGGAUUCAAAAUUGGUAACAGAUAUAUGAGGGUUGAAAGAUGCAGAGUUACUGCUAGCUCAAAUAAGAAAAGGAAGACAGAGUUCCAAUCCGACCCUGAAAAGUCUCUGGGUUGCCUUUCCGCAUAUGUGGGCAAUCUCUCAUGGAAUGUUACAGAAAAGGACUUGCGAGAUUUCUUCAAAUCAUCGAAGAUUGCCUCGAUAAGAUUUGCCAUCGAUAAAAGCACUGGAGGUUCUCGUGGCUUCUGUCAUGUUGAUUUUCAAGACGACGAAUCGCUUGAGAAAGCUGUAGCGAUGAAUCAGUCUGAACUGCAAGGCAGACCUGUCAAAGUUGCAUAUUCAGUUAGUAACAGGGGCUGAAGAGUAAAGAGAAUCCAUCGUCAAUUUUUUGUACUUGUGAGCUUGUAGUGUUACGGUUUUGGUUAAGCUUUUCAUUCGUUUGGAUGAAGAUUUUGGAGUCAAAUCCAUGGUGCCGAUUCUUGCACCAAACUUGUGGCAAAUGUAAUCCUUAUGUAACAGAUACUUAGCAGUUGUACCACCUCAACUUCUUGCACUGCAUAAGGAUAAUUGAGAGUUAGGAUACUAUUGAUGAGAAAGUUCGAGUUUAUUAAA